AUGGGUACUCAAAUCAGCCGGCCGACCCGCGCCGCCAGCACCCGCCACCCGCCUCCUCCGCCUCUGGCCGAGCCGCCGGCUCGCACCGUCUCCAACCCUAACCCCAAUCCCGACGCGCCGAUUGACGACGACAUUAGCUCGUACGAAGCCGCGUGCCGCGCCGACCCCGACCUCCGGACCCUCGACUCGAGCCUCCAGCUCCGCACGAGCCGCGCCAUCAGCUCCAUCGCCGUAGGCCUGGAGACCCGCUCCCUCUCCCUCGACUCCCUCAGCGAGGUCACCGAGUGCCUCCUCGAGAUGAACCAGGAAGUCGUCAAAAUCGUCCUCCAGAACAAAAGGGACGUCUGGAAGAACAAGGAGCUCUUCGAUCUGGUCGACGACUACUUCGACAACAGCCUCCUCACCAUGGACUUCUGCGCUUCCCUGGACGCGUGCCUCCAACGCGCCGCCGGCAUCGAGUCCGCCAUCAAUCUCGCCCUCCGCAGAUUCGAGGAGGAGCAUUCUGCUGAAGCUCCCGCCAAGGAUUAUUCGAGAACCCUGGAGGAAUUGAGGAAUUUCAGGGGCGCGUCAGAUCCAUUCGCCCAGGAAUUCUUCAAAAUCUUCAGCUCCGUCUACGCGCGGCAGAGCCUGACGCUGGAGAACCUCCAGGCGAAGAAGAGGAAGCUCGACCGGAAAUUGGGGAAGCUCAAGGCAUGGCGGAGGGUCUCGAACGUGAUCUUUGUGGUCACUUUUGCUUCGGUCCUUAUAUGCUCGGUGGUGGCGGCGGCCGUGGCGGCGCCGCCGGUGGUGACGGCGCUUGCCGCAGCGGCGGCCGUGCCGCUGGGGUCAAUGGGGAAGUGGCUGAACUCGCUUUGGCAGAAGUGGGAGCGGGAUUUGAGGGGGCAGAGGGAGAUAAUCAGCUCGAUGCAGAUUGGGACGUACAUUGUGCUUAAAGAUUUGGACAGCAUUAGGGUUUUGGUGGACAGGUUUCAGAUCAAGAUCGAGGAUUUAUUGGCUAAUGCCGAUUUUGCGGCGAAUGGAGAUGAGUCUGCUGUUGUGGUGGCUGUGAAGGAAAUUAGGGAGAAGGCUGGCGAUUUUUUCCGGACCAUACAUGAUUUGAAAGAGCACGCGAGUAAGUGUACUCAAGAGACCAGAAUGGCUCGGACUUUGAUAUUGAGGAGGAUUAUUAAUCACCCGAGUGAGUCUGAUAGGGACAUUGGUAUGUUUUCGUGA